GAUGCAUGGAUGAAAUGUGCCGCCGCUUUGAAGGAGUAUGAUGAAGACAAGAUUCAAGGAUGGAAAGAAGAGAUAGACACCCACCUCGCGGGUUUGUUCUCUGCUAUCUUGACGGCCUUCAACAUCGAGGCAUACAAACUGCUCGGGGGGAAUAAUCCCAACUCAAACUCGUCAGCGGACACAACGAACCAGCUUCUGGCGCUUCUCGUUCAACAGGCGGCUCCCACAAAUUCGAACAUCACUACAUUUGCUACCAACGCUUUCAACGCUGCUCACCAAGACAUCAGUUCCACUCCGCCUCGAACGGCGAAAUCUUCAUUGGCCAUCAACGCGCUCUGGUUCUCUAGCCUCAUCUGCAGUCUCGCGGCAGCAUCGAUCAGCCUCUUGGUCAAACAGUGGAUGAACGAGUACAAAUAUGGCAUGGCGAGUGCUUCACCCGAAGUCGCUCGUAUA